AAAGGGCCCCAUUACUGAGAUACAAUUCAUCCAGCCCUAAAAUGCGAUCAAAACAUCUCUAGUCAUUAUUACAUCUCCCACUUGGAAUCUAACAAGUACGAUUUUGGUAAGCGAUCCAAAAGAACAAAGCCAGGUUGCUUUUUUUCAGCAUUGUCUCAAUCUAUGCCCAAUGCCCAUCAAAACGUACACUAAAGCAACCCCUCAUGGCGUGAAUUUCAAGGGAAGACUCCAUUACAGGUCCCACCGAAAGGUUGCCGUUGAGUUUGCACAGCCGACACUUCAAUUUUUUUAGUACAAAGCUAAUCUAAGAAAAUAAAUCUGCUCUGGUGUCCACUGGAAGACUAUUAAACAGAUUCUAGUGGCAACAACAAGGAUUUUCACUUUGAUUUUCACUUUCGAAAUUCUUUGUUUAACUUGGAUGGAGACUAGUUUUAGACUCCUCAAUCGUCAAGGUGAUGUGCAGUUUGAUAUCUUUGGACAAAUGUGGCUUAAGUUGUUAGGAAGAGUAGUUGCAGAGAGUGUGGCGGCCCCAAGAGACCCAGUGUAAUCAAUAGCUUUUCUUCAAAGCAUGCAGGCUUUGUGAGAUGUACAACCUUUUAAUAUCUUUUUGCUUGUUGAUGGGCUCACCCGGUUCCACACAUUGCAUUGCUAUUGCUUGGCUUCAGCUGCAGCAAAUCCCAUUUGGUUGAUAUUGGAAAUGAUUUUCUGGCAUUAAUCAGAUGGGUUGAUUGGCCACGAGGUGUUUGGCUAUGGAACCCUUGUGGGUAUGUGAUCAUUGCUCAGAAAAGGAGUAGAAUGAUUACGGUCUACUGUGGUCAUUGGGGAUGUCAUAUGAUUGGCCCCUAGAGAAAUGUAUUACAAUGCAUUAUGUAAGCAUGGCAGCAUCGUCAGCAGAGGUUAUGAUAAUGAAUCUGUUGACUAGCAAAAUCCAGCUUCUGAUUUGGAAUUUCUUCAGUGGGGUAUGUGAAAGCUAUCUUUCUCCUAAAUACCCAUAAGCAUAUAUACACAAUCCCACAAGCUCUCUCUCCCACACACACCCAAAAUCAUAUACAUACACAUCCGCAAACAAGUGCACAGACAUCACAUAUCGUUAGCAUGUCCAAUCUCGGUCGUGUCAGAGUUGCAGGUUAGCUCUCUUCUUCUGGUGCUCUUGUUAGCUCAUAUGUUCAUUUACUCCAAUCUUAAGCAAUCUUGCAAAAUACCAUAUAUGUACCAGCAUUGCGGGGAUAGCCAUUAAUCUUUCAUGCCUAAAAAUUUCGGUGGCACAGGACUUGUCCAAUGUCCUGAGGAUGUGAAAUAAUAUCAAAAUACAGGCCUCACAGAUUCUGUGGAUGUCCUUUGCUGAUGCAUCACACUGAUAGUGAAGCUAAGCUAGUGAGUGGUAAGUCAUGCGUACGGUGCGACCAAGAUAAAAUGCCUCACCUUAAUCUGAUGGGUAAAUACUGAAGGUUCUUGUGCUGACUAGAAGAACUUUGAACUUUGAGAAGCAGCCGGGACUUGUACCAUUACAUUUUCCUGGCUUUUCUUAAUAUGUAAUUCCAUCCGCAGACAUGGAUUAUGAUUUAAGCUUUUGGUCUCUUAUUUGGGUAAACCACAAAAGCGAGCAGGGAUUUUAGACCAGGUGAGAGAAAUAAGACCGCAAAAGAUAGAAGUUGUUUAACCUCAGUUGGGUUGAAACGGUGAAUUAGGGUUUUGAAUAAUGUCUACACCAUAGCCAUCAGAGUUUUCCUCUAGGUCUGGUUAUGUUUCUUUUGUCUGACAUGUUAACGCGUUUUUUCACAGAAUUUUGAAUGUGUUCAUCCGGUGUUGCUAGUCCUUUACUUCGAUUCUUGUGCAUACUGGCACUGCCCUUUUUUGUACGUAACAGCAGAUGAAGAAUUGAAAUUCCAAUAAUUUAUCAAAACCCCCAUCCCUCUUGCAUCUGUGACGUUUGUUACGAAAACAAACUUGCCUCGUCAGUCAUAAGAAACCAAUCUCAUUGUCAUUUACCUAAGCAGAAAUGCAGAAUGGUCUUUAACUCUACCUAGCUUGCCUCGGCAUUUAUCAGGAGAAAGGCCUUGGAGGUUGUGUUGUGUGCUAAUUCAAGGAAGUUUAAAGAGGAGAGCAGGAAUGAUUCUUCCACCAAUCAAUGAAUUCGAACACUCUGAGGGGAAUUACAUGAAAAGAUCACUUCAUAACUUGGGGGAAACCAUUCAGUCUCUCUUGGGCUUCAAAAAGGACUUAACAUUCACAUGGGCUGAAUCAGUGCGCGUAAUCAUUGAAGGGUUGUCUUCUGCUACCAAUUCUCCUGAUUCUACUAGCACUCCUACAUAUCUUACAUAUCUUGAAGAUGCCAAGCUGUCUCACAAGGAAAACUGUGAUCUGGAGGCUGCCAUUUUGAAACUGGAAGAUGAGUUAGCUGCACUCAAAGCCCAUCUUGGACAGUUGGAUUCUAAGCGCAGAGAGGCCCUAAACAAGCUCCUAGAUCUGAAAGGGAGCAUCCGUGUCUUCUGUAGGGUGAAGCCUUUCCUGUUAAGUGAUGAGCAGGCAUAUCCUGGGCCUCUUGUAGUUUCGGACUCUGAUAAGUUGGUCAUUAAAUUAGCAGGAGGAAAGACCAGAGAAUACAACUUUGACAAGGUGUUCCUUCCUGGGGCUUCACAAGAUGAAAUCUUUACAGAAGUUGAGCCAAUUAUCAAAUCUGCUCUGGAUGGACAUAAUGUAUGUAUUUUUGCUUAUGGGCAGACAGGAACUGGCAAAACAUUUACUAUGGAAGGAAAACCAGAUUGUCCUGGUAUUGUUCCCCAUACAAUUCAAGAAUUAUUUCGUCAUGCCUCCCAAGACAGAACUGUUGAUUUCACUUUCACAUUUAGCAUGCUUGAGGUAUACAUGGGAAAUGUGAGAGAUUUACUUGGCUCUCGAACAAAGAAAGCUGCAGACCAUAUGCCCAAAUGUCUCUCUAUACAAAUGGAUGCAAAGGGGGCUGUGGAGAUUGAAAACCUAAGGGAAUUCGUCAUAGCCAAUGCAAGUCAAGCAAGCAAAUUGUAUCGUAAAGGCAGCAGAGCAAGAUCUACAUCUUGGACCAAUGCUAAUGAGUCUUCUAGUAGGUCACACUGUUUAAUACGGAUUUCCAUUAGUUGUUCGAGUUCCCCAGAUAGAAACAGGGAUACCAGCAAGCUUUGGAUGGUUGAUCUGGGUGGAAGUGAGCGUUUACUGAAGACACAGUCCACUGGUCACACUAUGGAGGAAGGGAAAGCAAUUAACAUGUCCCUCUCAGCACUUGGUGAUGUCAUUAGUGCAUUACAGAAAAAACAAGCUCACGUUCCUUACAGGAACAGCAAACUUACACAAAUUCUUAGAGACUCUGUUGGAGAAGACUCAAGACUGCUAAUGCUUGUACAUAUUAGUCCCAAGGAAGAUGACUUACCUGAGACCAUUUGUUCAUUAGGUUUUGCUACCAGAGUGAGAGGGAUUCAUCUUGGAUGGGAACAAUCACCUGAAGUGAAAGUUCAGAAAGCAGCAACCAUGGCUGAGCUGAUGCAACAAAUUAAAUGCCUUGAAGAUGACUGCCAAAGUGCAAGAAACAAUAUCGAAACAGUUGAAUUUCUAUUAAGACAAAAAAAGAAAUAUCUUGCAAAGAGUAAUACAUCCUCAGAGGAUCAUGAAACACCAAAGAGUCCAGCUAGUCAAGUUACUGAGAUACACAGUAUUGAAUUAGGGAAUGUAGCACAAGGGUCCGUUGGCUUGCCCAGAUAUAUGAACUCCACAUCCUGCAGUCGCAUUCGAGGUAAGUCCUCAGAUGCAGAUACCAAAUAUACUACAGGUUUUAUUAAAAAAAGAGAACAUUUGAAUGGUAGGAGAAAAUCCUUAUUGGGCAGUGCCAAAAAUGUGAUUUUUCCUGAGAUGGAUCAAUCACUCUGCAAUUCUGAGAGCACUGUGUCAUACAACAGUGUUUUUAGGCAGUCCUCAUUGUCCGUCAAGAAGAAUUUAAGUAGAAUUUAUUCUAAGCAGUAUGACUUUGAAGAAUCCCAAUGCUUUUCAGAGAGCAGUACACCAAAGGACAGUGGAAUGCUUGACGAUGAGAAAAUGAAUGAAAGUUACUCUGAAUGGUCUAGUUUUGAUGGAUCGCAAUUCCUUUCAGGGUGCAAUACACCCAUGAACAUUGGAGAGUACAACAAUAUGAAGGUGAAUGGAACGUACUCCAAACCAUGCACUCUUGAUGAAUCAAAGUACAUGUCAGAGUGCAAUAUGCCCAAGAACAUUGGAGAGUACAAACAUUUGAAGAUGAAUGGGACUUAUUCCAUCAAGAAGAAUCUGAGUAGAAUGUAUUCGAAGCAGUGUGACUUAGAAGAAUUGCAAUUAUUUUCAGAGUGCAGUACACCAAAGGACAAUGAAAUGCUUGACAGUGAGAGAAUGAAUGGAAUUUACUCUGAAUGUUCCAACUUUGAUGGAUCACAAUUCCUUUUAGGAUGCAAUACACCCAAGAACAUUUUGAAGGUGAAUGGAACGCACUCCAAACCAUGCAUUCUUGAUGAAUCAAAGUGCAUGCCAGAGUGCAAUAUGCCCAAGAACAUUGGAGAGUACAACCAUUUGAAGAUGAAUGGGACUUAUUCCAUCAAGAAGAAUUUGAGUAGAAUGUAUUCAAAGCAGCAUGACUUAGAAGAAUUGCAAUUCUUUUCAGAGUGCAGUACACCAAAGGACAAUGAAAUGCUUGACAGUGAGAAAAUGAAUGGAAUUUACUCUGAAUGUUCCAACUUUGAUGGAUCACAAUUCCUUUUAGGGUGCAAUACACCCAAGAACAUUGGAGAGUACAACAAUAUGAAGGUGAAUGGGACAUACUCCGGCCCAUGCACUCCUGAGGAAUCAAAGUGCAUGUCAGAGUGCAAUAUGCCCAAGAACAUUGGAAAGGCCAACAAUCUGAAGGUGAAUGAGACUAUUUCAAAGCUGUGCACUUCUGAUGAAUCAAAUUGCUCAUUGGAGUGCAAUUACAACAUGAAUAGACUCAUGGAAUGUGAAAUGGGUAACAAAAUGAAGGUGAGUGAUACCUUUCCAAAGAAGUGCAUAAUUGAUGAACCUGAAUGCCUUUCAGAGCGCAGUAUGCCUGAAAGUGGAUUGAUGAGUUCAUUGAUGCCACGUUGUAAACGGGUGCUUGCUUUCCAAUCACCAUAUAAUGAGACAGUCAAUAUAGAUUUUUGGUCUAAUAAUAUUACGGAGAAUUCAGAACUGACAUUGAUAGAAACUUUUUUAUGUGAUCAGCCUAUAAAUGAUAAGAAUGAAUACAAUCAAAGUCCUUCUCAAGGCGAGCAGAACUCUAAGCAGUUUUCCACACAGGCAUCAUUAAAUCCAUGCCUUUCCAUGGGAGAACCCAUGACAUGUGGAAGGAAAAUCCCUAUAGACAUGGCAGCAGCAGCAGCAACAACAAAAAUGGCAGAAACAUCACUGAAGAAGGGGAAAGCUGCAACUAUGGCAAAAACAGCAACAGGAUUGUACUUAACUAUAGUGAAGAUUGCAUAUGCCGUCUUUUUAGGAGUGGGACUGCUAGAAACAGGACUUGAGGAUGAGUUUUUCUACGGACUGCUGGCUUGAAGAAGUUUGCAAGGCAAAUAAAUGCCUUGAAGUAAUUUUUGCAUGAACAGGCAAUCCACAGAGAAAAUCGGUAUCAACUCGGUGCCUGCAAUGCUUCUCGGAAUGAUAGGGGAUUAGAAUUGGUUGGCAAAUAAGCAUUUUUCAUAAUCAAGAUUUUAUAUCACAAGAAGAAGGUGGAUAUCACAGAAGUGUAAGCAAGCUUUAUGUGUGAAUAAAAAUAAACAGAUAAAAGCUCUGCUAACAACAGAUGUCAAGUGAGUCUCAUCUUGACCAGUUCCUAAAUUAAAUAUUAAAGUUAAUUUUCUUGAUAGGGAACCUCCCCUAUCAAGAAAGGUGAAGCAAGAACCCCCACCCCCCAUUCAAACACUGUAUAUAUUAGUCACAUCAUUCGAUGAGAAGAUUAAUUAAUUUUAAUUUGUCUGUCAUUAUCUAUC